CAGUAUUAUAAUAUAACCUAGUAUUUUUCAAACAUAAACAAGAAGAGCAUCAUCGUAGAUUCCUUGAGGGAAAACAAUUGUUGAAAAAAAGCAAAUGAAAAAGUGUCGGUAGAUCAAUAAAUGUUUCAAGUGUGCGAUCUAUGAGCAGUGGAGAUGCUUGGCUCCACGUGCUUUUGUUGGAAUUCAAUUUCAUUUGAUCAAUCGUUUCCAAAUCACCCUCAAAUCUUUUCUCUUCCUUCACCCCUCCCUCAAUGGCCUCAAGCAGGACAAGGUUUUGCAUCAGGAGUUGUGAAUCUUGGUGAAAUUGAAGUUUUCAAGGUUACACGGUUUGAUUUCAUUUGGAGCAGUGCUAUUCUAGACUUUAAAAAAGCUGUUAUAUUCUACAAGCCUGUGGGAAUACCUAACAGUUUCCAUGUCCUUGGUCACUAUUGUCAAACCAGUGACAAGCCUUUAAGGGGUUUUGUACUUGUUGCGAAGGAAGCACGAACUUGCAUGACCGAAACUAAUGAGGAAAAGUUACCUCCUCUGAGGAAUCCUGUUGAUUUUAAGUUGGUUUGGAGUUCGAAUGAGCCCGGCAGUCUUGAAAUUUCAAGUGGAUGUGGUUAUUUUUGGCUACCCGAACCUCCCGAAGGUUACAAGGCUGUUGGAUACUUUGUUUCAAACAAACCGAACAAGCCUGAGUUGGAUGAAAUGUGUUGUGUUCGUGCUGAUCUAACUGAUAAAUGUGAACCUUAUCGUGUAACAUUUGCUGUUAGUUCUAGAACUCCGGAGUUUUCGUUUCAGGUAUGGAGCUCAAGACCUUGUGACCGUGGCAUGCUAGGGAAAGGUGUUUCUGUUGGGACUUUUCUCUGCAAUAGUGGUUUGAGUAAUGGAGAAGAGCACCCUGUUGCAUGCUUGAAGAACCUGAAUCCUGCUCUGCCAUCAAUGCCUAAUUUGCAACAAAUUCACGCACUUACUGAACAUUAUGGCCCUACUCUUUUCUUUCAUCCUGAGGAAAUUUACUUGCCUUCUUCUGUUGAUUGGUUUUUCAACACCGGAGCCCUUUUAUACCAAAAGGGUGAGUCUGCGGGAGAGGGAAUCGAUGCAGCCGGCUCAAAUUUACCAUGUGGAGGAUCAAAUGAUGGCCAAUUUUGGAUAGAUUUGCCAAAUGAUGGUCGGAGGGAUCUCGUCAAACGCGGGGACUUAAAAAGUGCAAAGCUUUAUAUUCAUGUAAAACCAGCUCUUGGUGGGACUUUUACCGACAUUGCAAUGUGGAUAUUUUGCCCCUUCAAUGGGCCAGCCACUUUGAAAAUUGGACUCAAGAGUAUACCUUUGAGCAAGAUUGGAGAGCAUGUUGGGGAUUGGGAACAUUUCACGCUUCGUAUAUGCAACUUCGCCGGAGAGCUCUAUAGUAUAUACUUCUCGCAGCAUAGUGGCGGUGAAUGGGUGGACACGUGUGACUUGGAUUAUAUUGAUGGCAAUAAAGCUAUUGUUUACUCGUCAAAAAGUGGACAUGCAAGUUACCCUCGUCCUGGAACAUAUAUCCAAGGAUCUUCAAAACUAGGUCUUGGCAUUAGGAACGAUGCUGUUCGUAGUAAUUUUUACGUGGAUUCGAGUAUCCAUUAUGAGAUUUUUGCAGCUGAAUAUCUUGGAAAUGUUGUCCCUGAGCCUAAUUGGUUGCAGUUUAUGAGACAGUGGGGUCCCAAAAUUGUUUAUGAUUCAAAAACUGAAUUGGAUAAGAUUAUCAACGCGCUUCCUCACGUGCUUCGGUCUUCAAUGAGAAACUUGUUUAACAAGCUUCCGUUGGAGCUGUAUGGCGAGGAAGGUCCUACUGGGCCUAAAGAGAAAAAUAACUGGAUACAAGAUGAGAGAUGGUGAGAUCUGAUGAUUUGUACACUACUGAUGGAAUAGUAGCAGAUCUCUCACCACAAUUGGGUUGAAUCGAAUGAGAAUUCUUAGACUCAUUGCCUCUGUUUGGCAUUCAACAUGUUUUGCAGAUCCAAAUUUAUUUACCACGAGACUUUACAAGAAAAAUGCAGUAAUGUAUUAAGGGCCGGCGCAGUCGAAGAAUCAUAUACCCAACACGUGUUAGAAAUGUUUUAAGGGCCGGCGCAGUUUCUUCUGCAUAUUCUGCAAAGGCCAAAAGCAGCUCAAGGCAUUGAGCAUCUCACAGUUCUAUAAUUUCCUCAACAAAUUGGGCAUUUAGAAUUUUGACGCACCAACUUGAGGUGGGAUUAUGAGAAAUAUUGUUAAAUAUGUGUUAUAGAAGCUGUAAUCUCCAUUUUUAUAGAUUUAUAGAUGAGGAAAUCUCAACAUAUCAUAUAUCUUUAACCAAUUGAUAGGCAUUAGCUAUUGUAGGAAUGUUUAUAGGAUUAACAUUAGAGGUAUAUUCUUUGAGUAAUUGUAGGAGGUUGGAGUCUAAUUUUUUAUGUUUAUUCUUGUAUAUAUAUUCUUAUAAUAUCAGUGGAAAAGUUUGACAGAUUCCAUUCUU